UGUGCUGUGAGGAGUUGUCUCGCUCUAACUCACUCACUCACGUUCUCGGUCACUCAUUCACUCACAGAACGUUCCUCAUGUGAUCAAGUACUGAAACUCAAGUUUGAUCAGAGAAGUGAAGUUUAACCUCAAAAUAUUUUGAACUUCAUGGAGCCACAUGUUACAUUAAAUAGCAUUAAUGUAGCUCUCUAAGUAGCAUUAAUGUAACUCUCGUAAUAACACUUAAAGAAAAUGAAUAUUUGUUUGUAUACAAAGCAAUGAGGGGAAAACUGGUUGAAUAACUGUUAGUUAAACGUUAUUUGUAAAUAUAAUAACAAUGAUAAUAACAAAUGGAUUAGUUCAUUUAGUUUAAUAACAGGAUGAACAUUUACUGAAAAAAAGACCCACUGAAAUAAGUUGAGUGCUCUUAGUGCGCUAGCAGCGGCGACCUGUGUGUUAGCUAACACUUCCCAUCAUCAAAGUGUGGCUAGCAGCGGCAACCUGUGUUAGCUAACACUUCUCAUCAUCAAGGUGUGGCUAGCAGCGGCAACCUGUGUGUUAGCUAACACUUCCAUUAACUCUCGACCAAUGGGAGACCUCGAGUGCACAUUUCUCACACUCCUGUUUGUAUUGUGCGGGGCCGCGUUGGCACUACAGAUCACCGGCAUCGGAGUACCAAGCACUGCCAUCAGCGGUGACACCGUCACACUCUCGUGUUCCUUCGAGCUCAACGGAGACGAACUCUAUUCCCUGGCCUGGUGGAAGGAUGACAAGAUGUUCUUCAACUACGUCCCAAACAACAGUCAAAUCAAGUCUGUAUAUGCCACUCCAGGCAUCACUGUUGAUGAGGGUAUCUCAACGCUACACGAGGUUGUGUUGUCCCACGUCGAUCACCGCGCCUCGGGCAAGCUACGAUGUGAGGUGCUAGCCAACACCUUCGAGCAGGAUACCAUGGAUGCCAACAUGACGGUCAUAGACAUUCCAGCGCGGGGCCCGACCAUCACAGGGCGACGGGAGAACUAUCAAGUUGGUGAUCUGCUGCUGCUGAACUGCUCAUCCCCUUACUCCUAUCCAGCCACCACCCUCGCUUGGCAUAUCAAUGGACACCUGGCAUCGCGAGAGACAGUAGUGGUGUAUCCUGGUGAGACAGACAGUGACGGGUGUGAAGCAUCAUGGUCUGGUCUACAGAUGCUGUUACAACAUGAACACUUCCAACAAGGUGUGCUUAUCCUUCGCUGCACAGCCUCCAUCCUGCACGUGUACAGGCUCUCCACGGAGGUCAUCAUCACUGACUCCACGUACAUAGAAAGUUCCCCGCGGGAGGGCGCCUCCACAGGGGGGAAGGGGGUUCACCUGGAAGAAAAUUUGAAAGAUAUUUAUCUAAAAUCAGGAUGUCCUUUACGCUUCUGCAAGUGCAUCAUGACGCAUGGGAAACCUGGUUGUAAGAGUGGGACCUCACGAUCUGUGGAUGGAGGAUCGAGCCUCCACCACUCCUUGCUCUGA